AUGUCGUGGAAGAAGACGGAACGCCUGAUGGACACCAUCAUGCAUUAUGCAAGCUUCCCUGCCACCGGCGUGAGCUUGCGGCAGAUGGUCCAAUUCGGCGAGAGGCCGUCUGUGGGUACCCUCUUUCGUGCUUCCCAGUUUCUGGCCGAAGAGCUGCCUAUCCGGCUGGCACACCGCGUCGAAGAGCUCGAAAACCUCCCCGACGGUCUGGGCGACAUGCCAUCCGUCCGAAAGGUGCAGGACUGGUACGCACAAUCCUUUGAGGAGAUCACCACGCUGCCAAGACCGGACCUGAACAGAGAAACACGCGAACGGCUGAUGCGACCCGGACGGACGGGUGGCAAGAAUGGCUUGGUCCUGUCCGAGGCGACAAAGAACCCGAGCGUCGAGGACGGCCAGUACAGCUCGCAGUCGCCGCUGCUGACUGGCGAUGCCCACCACGGCCACAGCCAUGGUCACGUCACCAGCGUCUUCAAGAAACACACGGGCGCGCGGCGCUACUUUGCCCUCGUCGACGACACCAGCGACUGGCCGUCGGAGCUGCACCUGUACAACCAGCGAUUUGCCCAAACGCUCAACAAGAUCAAGCGGCGGCACGACGGCGUCGUCACCACCAUGGCCCAGGGCAUCCUCGAGUACAAGCGACGGCGCCAGCGCAUGCAGAUCGACCACACCAUCCAGUCCUUCCUCGACCGCUUCUACAUGUCGCGCAUCGGCAUCCGCAUGCUGAUCGGCCAGCACAUCGCCCUGACCGACCAGAGCCACCACCGCGACCCGACCUACGUCGGCAUCAUCUGCACCAAGACCAACGUGCACGACCUGGCCCAGGAGGCCAUUGAGAAUGCCCGCUUCGUGUGCGAGGACCACUACGGCCUGUUCGAGUCGCCCAAGAUCCAGCUCGUCUGCAACCCGAACCUCAACUUCAUGUAUGUGCCGGGCCACCUGUCCCACAUGCUGUUCGAGACGCUCAAGAACUCGCUGCGCGCCGUGGUCGAGGCCCACGGCCAGGACCGCGACGAGUUUCCCGUCACCAAGGUCAUCGUCGCCGAGGGCCGCGAAGACAUCACCAUCAAGAUCUCCGACGAGGGCGGUGGCAUUCCCCGCUCGGCCAUCCCGCUCGUCUGGACCUAUAUGUACACCACCGUCGAUCGCACGCCCAAUCUAGACCCGGACUUUGAUAAGAGCGACUUCAAAGCACCCAUGGCCGGCUUCGGCUACGGCCUGCCUAUUUCAAGGCUGUAUGCGCGCUACUUUGGCGGCGAUCUGAAGCUGAUCAGCAUGGAAGGCUAUGGCACCGACGUCUACCUGCACCUCAACCGGCUGUCCAGUUCAUCGGAGCCGCUGCAAUAG